AUGACUACUAUCUUCGCGCGCCCACCGCUCCAAUCGCUUCCUAUGGCCACAAACCGACCGACAACGCGACGAAGGAGCGCAAAACAAGCCUUCGAUGACGACGAUGCGCCGGCGCCAAAAAGAGCAAAGGCCGAGGUGAAUGGGUCGAGCAAAAAGGCGACUGCUGCGCCAAAGAAGACAGCAAAGACAGCUGCAUACGACGAGGACGAUGAUGGCUUCCAAUUUUCGCGUCGCACGUCAUCGCGAAGGACUACAAAGGCACAGGCUGCGCCAGCACCAGAACCGAUACCCGAGGAAAGACCAACGAAGCUCGCGCAAGCUGUCGAAGCGCAACCCGUCAAAUCAGCUGCGCGGAAGAAGAAACAAUCAAUCGCAGCAGCCGAUCCAGAAUCUUCAGACUCAGGAAAGCGACGGCGAUCAGCGCGCAUAUCUGCCGACAGUAGACAGUUAGAGGUACGACCGAAGUCCACAGAGCCUCUUCCAACGAAAACUCGCACGAAGAAGGCUGCACCAGUAGAGAAAGAGAGGAAGAAGCAGGUCACACCCCCACCAGAAGUACAACCGCAGCCGAAGAGCACAUAUGGAGAUGUACAAACACCAAGACACAAUGAGAUACAGGUCGCGAAGAAGCGCGAUCCCAACGCCCAAAAGAUCAUGCUGCCUUUUGCCGACACACCAGUUAUAACGAGAAACAAAGAGAUGCGGAAGGGCGGCAACAAGGACGGGUCAAGAAGGAGUAGCACAGGCCUGCGAGGGAGGAGAGCAAGUUCGCUGAUAGAUAGCGGACAAUCGAAUGGUGAGUCUGAACACGAUGCACAGACAAAACCCCCUAAGGCGCUACCCCAUUCCGAAGUCGAAGUACGAGAUUUCUACAAGUACAUCGAGCAAAGUCUACCCGAACCACGGCGGAUGAAGCAGCUUCUAACAUGGUGUGGAUCGCGAGCACUACCAGCGAAGCCAUCGGGCGACGUCAAGAACGCGAACGCGAUCAUGGCUGCGCGAGCCAUUCAACAAGAGCUUAUAGACGACUUUGCAAGCAAACCUGAGCUUUCGGACUGGUUCAGCAGGGAAGAAACAGCGCCACCACCUGUGGUGAAGAAGCCGAAUCCCCAGAAUGAGAUGAACAAAGCCAAAUUGGAGGAAUUGGAAGACGAAGUCAAGCGUCUCGAAGAUGAGAAAGCCGCAUGGGAAGCCAUUGCAUCAGCGUCGAAAGCUAGCCUUCCUCCGCCUGCACCUUCAAUACCCACUGCGGCACCCACACUAUCGGAUAUCGAUACAUCCCUCCUCGAUCCCGAGCAAGCCGCCAUAAUUUCCUCCCUCCAACUAUCACAACCACAGACCUCACCACAACCGCCGUCAUCAGCAUUCACAUUCACAUCGCCUACGGCACUACAAUCACAUCUCACAUUACUCGCCAACUCACUAGAACCGCACAUCGACCUCUUCGCAGAUGGUGUUCAUAAGAUCGAGCAGUAUCGCGCUACAGCAGAAAAGGUAGCGGAUUGUGUGCUAGGGACAGCGGCAAAGAGGCUAGAGGAGCGAGAUCGGGAGGCAAAGGAAAGAGUCGGAACAGAAGGAGUUGGUGUAGGCGACAUACUGAGAGGCCUUGCAGGCGUACUCAGGGAGCAAUAG